AUGGUUCAAACCCCUCAACAACGACGCGCCAACUUGGCAUUUGCCAAGACACAAGAGAAGAAAAUGGGACGAGCCACGAGUGAUCUGCCGACGAAGAAGGAGAAGCCACAGAAGUCGCCCAUCAGUCCCAUUUGGUUAUAUCUCCUCAUUUUCGUCAUCGUUGGUGGAUUGGCUUUCGAGGCAAUUCGUAUGAUUGUUGGUCUCUUCUAG